AAACGCAAACCAUUCAGUUGGUCGUUAUAUAAUGUGUGCAUCCAUGCAAGAAGCGGUCUGUAGGGCGGUAUGCACGUGCAAAAUCCCAUCAGAUGGAGGGAGAGGGGGUAGGGUCGUUGAAAAAAACGCACACAAUAAAGUGAACGCGUUCACACGGGGCAUUAUUGCUGGAGGACUGUGUGGAAUAUUGCAGAUUCGAUUAUAACCUGUUCGUGUAAAUACGUGACAUGCAUGACCAUGAGACAGAAACUAUAUAGUCCUGUCUGGUACCUAGCAUUACAACGUGAAAUGUUAGGUGACCUCGCACAUUUCAAGUCAAGAAAUCUUUAUCAAUCCUUCAAGGUUCCGAUAGCACAUUCGUGGAAACAAUGUUUUCCUUGAGACUUGAGUUCACCAGCGAUCGUCUGCCUUGCAGUUCUCCUCCCUGCGCGUUGUCAGGGCGCCUCCCCGUCGUACCUCCCAGCCUACGUCUGUAGACCCUAUCUUCCCUUCGCAGUGCUUUGUGGGAGUACCCUCCGCGCACCUCUCGUCUCCCAGCGCGUGCAUGGUGCAGGUGGAUGCCGGGGCCAAGAGGGGGUAUAUAUAACGGAGGGCAGACUGCGCUUUGAUUGUGCGGCUAAUGUUCCCCAGAGAAAGAUCGCAAGGCUGCUGCUGCAGCUGCUGGCGUUAUCAAACAACUUACUUCGUAGAUCUUCGUAGUGUACAAGGCGUGAGGACAGUUGGCACCAGCUAAUCCAACCUCUUCCCCAUCUUGAGGUUUCACUGACUGGCUGGUGUGCACAGCGCUUGUUAUUAUUCCAACCUUCAGCUUUCUCCUUCGACGUGGUUGUGUACACAAUGGCCACUGCUUUCUAAAGGCCGAAGUUGAAGGCGUUGGAAAUUCUCCUGGAGUUCGUACUGAUUCUUGGCAGUGACAGCGGAAAUGCACCACCUGUACUUGGCGUAGUGGCAGUCUACUGCAGCGCCUCUCUACAGACACAAAGGUUGCUGUAUUUCUACAGCUGUUGACUGAGGAACUGACGGUGAAGAAUGGAUGGAGAGGCUUCCACAACGGGCUUGACCACAGACCUGACCCUACAACCCCAGCCUGUUGGUAUUUAUGGCUGGCGAAAAAGAUGUCUCUAUGGCUUUGUGCUAUUUCUUAUGCUUGUCAUCAUCAUUAACCUGGCACUCACUAUCUGGAUCCUCAGAGUCCUCAGCUUUUCUGUAGAUGGCAUGGGAAAACUGAGGAUUGUUCCCAAAGGCAUUCGCUUAGAAGGGGAGGCAGAAUUUUUACACCCAUUGUAUGUUCAAGAUGUACGAACUGAAGAAGGCCAGGUUAUGUACCUCGAGUCAGCAGAGAAUAUCAAACUCCAAGCACGAAGCCACUAUAAUAACACUGGGGGCUCCCUCCUGCUGGGUAACAAUAAACUAAUGGCUUCUUGUGAUGAGUUUGAGAUUGUGAAUGGGCAAGGUCAAACACGCCUGUCAAUCAAAGAAGAUAUAAUAACACUGGGUAUGACUGACCUGCACUAUCUAGGCAGAGCAGUUUUUGAAGGUUCUGUGCAGACACCUACCAUCAAAGCACCUUUAGCUGGACCUCUCAAAAUGACAUCCGAUGGCAGCAAAGUUGAAAUAGCAGGAGUUGGCGGGGUGUCGCUGGUGGCAAAAGGUGGAGAUAUUACUCUAAACAGUGCUGACAAUGUGCACAUACAGUCUACUGAGGGAUCUAUAUUUCUAGAUUCCAAGAAUAUUUUCAUGAAGAACAUCAUGGUCAGUGAACCUAAUGCUAAUGGUCAAAGCUAUGGGGAUAUAUACCAGCUGUGCAUGUGCACCAAUGGACGGAUUUUCCUGGGAGCACCAAGUGAUAACUGUCAUGCCACCAAAGAUAUCUGUGGCAACAAAUAGACAUUGUACAGUAUAGAGCAUUUAUACAAGUAUUAAAUGACUCAAAAGACACAAUUUGAGGACUGCAUGAUAAAUGGGUGCUCAAGACAGUUUCUGUAGCUGUCAAAAGACAGUUGACUCAAAAUGUUCUAACAACUGUUUAUUCAAGGAUUUGCUGAAGGUUAGUUUGAUACUUGACAUUUGUGAAACAUGCAGAUAAUAUAUUAAGUUUGAUUGUGAACACAGUCACAAGAAGCUGGUGUUUUGAUCAUGGAUAUGUGGCAUUGUAGGAAUUGGGACUGAAAGGCAUGCUACAAAAAUCAGCAUCUAGCCAUGGAGGGUGACCACAACAGGGGAUUUUGUUGACAGUUUUGAAUGAUAUUAAUGACAGUAACCUCUUGAAUAGUGUGGAAUGGUUUAUAAACAACUGUGCAAACAUUAGAUAAAAAUGGAAUAUUAUAGUAAACUACUGGGCAGGACAAGGAGGAUAGACAGCAGGGAGUAGUGCCUUGUACUAUAGUGCCACAUUAAGGGUUAAAUUUUCAAGUGAAAACCUUAGUGCUGCUACUAUGCAAGAUGGUAAGCUCAUUAUUUGUCACUGUUUCAUGCUAUGCACACUUACCUAGCCUUUCUCCUUUAGUUUUAAAAAAUGUCUACUAUGUAGUAUGUAUGCAUAAACGUAACAACAUUUGUUGAUUGGCUACAGUGGACCUGCAUGCAAGUGCACACACACCCACACCCACACCAAGAAUGUGUACACAAACAUGCUACUUUUGGUGAUCACAAACACAUACCAGCCAGCACACACUUUUCUCAACAGUUAAAAAUCUGUCUGCAGCCCAGCACACACCUUUUUGCUGAUCUGCAUCAUAGAUGCCCAUGGAUUUGACUAAUAAUAUUAAAUGCCUUAAAAUAUUGCACUAAUGAUGCCACUGGUGCUGUGUAUAUUAUACUGUUGACAUCACUGCUGACACGGUUCAAAAAUAAAUUAUUACUUCUCAACAUGUUUUGCAGUAGAGAAAAUGUUGCCAAAAUUCAGCCAAUAUACACUGAAUGGUUGAAAACAGUAAAAUUAAUACACACAAUUUAUGCAAAAUAGUGCUUCUUAUCUUUCACAAACUUAAUGUACAUGCUCUGGCAAAAUACAGGGUAACGAAUCCUAUCAUUUUAAGCUGAUAUUUUAUAAAAUAAUUGUUUAAAGCUGGCAUUUACAUAUGCUCAGUAACCUUCAAAUCCAAUCGGCUCUCUGUGUAUAGACCAACAUUUUAAAGUGUUUGCUUGCAUGCACAGUAUUCCUCAUCCUAUAAAAUUGUUGUAGAUAAGCACAAGCAAAGAUAGCUCCAGUAGCACCCCAACAACAGCAGCCAAGAUCCAUGAUACAUUCUAGACAAAGGUGACCAUCAUAAGGCUGAGGAUGGAUCUCUCCAGAUCCAAGCGUCAUAUGAGCAAACUUCCAUAUUGAAGUCCUCAGAACAUUCUCAGCGGCAGUGACCCACCUUCUGCAGGACUGACCUAACAGAAUGUAAGAGUAGAGACAUAGCCCACAGAUACACUUAUGAAUGAAAACAUCUUGGAAUCUCUGCAGCAUUUCCAGAAAACUGCAGACUUUGUCAGGCACUCUGGGGUUCUUGCUGAAGUAUUUAAAAAAAAUAAACUAAUCUGUGGCUAGAGACUACACAAAUGACUUUAUCUGAAAGCCAGUGUCAGUGUGUCUGGAAUUAAGAUCAGCAGUGACAAUGGCAAAGUCAUGGUUAACAUCAACAACAGCAAAGCAAAGAUUUACAUAUGCUAAAUGAUUCACCUCAGCAGCUUUUAAUCCGUUGAGUGAAAUAUAAGAAUACAGGCAUGCAAGACCAAGUGCCUGAGGAGGCUGCUCCAGAUCUUUUACAUGGUGUGCAAAAUCAAACACUUUGUAUAGCUGCCAUCCUUAUAGGACACUAGACACCCUUUCUUCACAAGCUUGUCUGGUUUGGCCAUGUCAACAAAUAUGUCUACAAACACCCUCCAGGCUAUCUUGGAGUGGCUAAGGUGGACAAGAGAAGAACAGGAUAACAAACAUAAAUCAGUGGACUGGUUGGUUCAUGCAGGAGCUGCUGGCCACCAGUCCAGAAGAAUAACAGGUUGACAAAGAAAGGAAUGGACAACUUGUUUCAUUGAAAUACUACUGGCCACCACUCCAAAGGCAUAAGUGGCAAGCUUUUUCAGUUGCUGCAUCUAUCCAGCUGUUCCCUACCCACCACCCCUUAAAGCAGUACUGAGGGACCAGGGUAUCCACUCAUCAGUUGCUACCAGUCAUGGGAUGGAUUCAUGUUAAAAAAAAAAUUUAAAUACAAAUUGCGACCACUGACAGAAGAUUAUGCUAAAUAUGCAAAGAAAAAUAAAAAUGUACAAAAUAUAUUCCUAUCCAGUCAUUAAUGUCAUUAGAAAAGCCUUGCUUAUCAAAUAUUUUGUAAAUCUCAAAUCUCCUAUUAUCUUCACUCAAAAAAGGAGGGGCUGGAAGAUUUUCUUGUGUUUUGAAGAGAUACCAGAAUAUCUUCACUAAAUGGUGAGUGGCAACAAAACAAAACAUAAACAUAAAUAACUUGAUUCAUUUAAAUAUCCUUCUUCAAGAAAUUUCCACUUUAAUGCUGUACCUCUCUACAGGUAAAAUCUGCAGGAAGAUGUUAUAAAGCAGAAAUGUCAAACAUCACACAUGGAGAGAUAGGGGAUUACAAUUUUUCUCCCCCAUCUUCUUUCCUUCCCUCCUGUCACUUUGACAAAGACUUUCAGUAGCUAGUGACAUUGCUACAAACUGUGACAUAAAGACACAUGAACACACACCAGGGUGAAGGCUGAUGCUGAAACCAUCCUUUAUGCUAUGAAAAUAAAUUUCAAUAUCAUAAGACAACACUGUCAAUGUAUGUAGAGGUUAAUUUGAAAUUUUUCAUCUUUAAUAAUAUAUAUAUAAAUAACAAAGCAUGAUUAAGGAGUGAAAUUCAAUAUCAAUUCUUCUCUAUAGCAAAACAGAGAAUUCAAAAGUUGCUUAUGGCUACAGCACACAAGAGACCUGUUAUUGCUACUCCACUGGGUGCGUAAGUCAGCUGCGUGUAGACAGCCCCUGUUGGUUUUCAAACAAACGAGUGGACUAGUUGUUCCAUGUAGGAGCCGCACAUCAAUGCUCAAGACAGGCUUAAGUGCUGGGCCUAGUCAGCUGCUGCACCAACAUUCACAAGCACUUCCCCAUUUGUCGACUGGUGCCAGUCAAGAGAGUAUUAUGCACGUUCCAUCAACAUAUACUUUUGCCCCCCAAUUUUGUUUCCUAAACUGAGUAAUGACCAAAGAAAGAACAAAGAAAUAUGUAACCUUGCCAUAAAUUGUGAAAACACACUGCACUAUCAAAAUAAGACUGGUACCAAACAAGUGAUGAGAUUAUAGCAUCAUCAGGAUUAUGAGUAUAAUGAUUUAGUCCUUGCAUGCCUGUCUUGUUAAUGCUAUAUACCGAGUUGGCAAUGUGUGUCAGAGAAUGUUUAUGAUGGUCAACCAUUCAAUAGCAUUGACUCCAGACAAAAUCUGCUCCCUGUAUCUUAAACACAUGAGUUUGUGGCAGGUUUUUAAAGAUCUGAUUGUGUACCUUACUAACAUUAAGAAAGAAUCCAUUGUGAUUUUUGACUGGUCAUAGCAUCUAUGUGUGAACUCAUUAUUUUUUAACAUUCCAAAUAUUUCCCUUGACAUCU